AUGGAGAUUAUAGCAACUAGUUAUGAUACACAAAAGUUUUUCUCGUUGACAAAUAAGCAAUGGGAAAUGUGCAGGGAGGUACAAUCAUAUUAUACACUUUGUAAAAAUAGUCAACCGGUCCAUCAUAAAUCUAAGUCAAGAAUAUGUGAAAUUUCGCUCAUGUUAAAACCACAGAACUUCCCCGAUACUUGCAAUAUAAAACUUGUGACAACAAAUGCAUCUGUGUGGAACCGACUCCCUCAAUCAAAUGCUUGGUUAUUCUACACACAAUCUGAUAUAAUAACAAUAUACUGCGAAAAUCCAGCCAGAACAUUUACUUUUGAGAUUUAUGGUGUAGGUCGAUUGACUAUUAUCACAGCAUGUAACAUACACACGGAUAAAACAUUAUUACUACCCUCUAAUCACAUAAGAGCAAACUCUUAUGCUGAUUUAGUUCCCGGAAAUUCUAAAUUUAAUGUCAAACACUCUUUUACAAAAUUGUUAAAUUCACUAAUACCCCAAAGUAUUAUCAAUGUAAAGAUCAUAAAAGAUCUCACUGAAUUCACACACAGCUUACAAGAAUUAAAUACUUUAGAGAAACUACCCUUAGAACCUCCAAGUUGUAUAAUGAUAGAUGUACAUAUAGUAAUAUAA